GGCGACCGUCUCCAGGCCAGACGCGUCCACGAUGCUGAAACACUUGACUCGUCGGGUUCUCGCCAGGACCAAAAGCCCAAACACAACAGUGUGCCGCACCGCUACAUCCUUGGUUAGCGGUGAACCUGAUGGACCAGUGAUUAAAACAACUAUACCAGGACCGAAGUCACAAGCUUUGAUUACAGAAUUGAAUGAUCUACAACAAGUCGGAUCAGUUCAGCUAUUUGCAGAUUAUAACAAAUCAAUUGGAAAUUACUUGGCUGAUGUUGAUGGAAAUUUGCUUCUCGAUGUCUACACCCAAAUUUCGUCCAUGCCUCUUGGGUAUAACCAUCCAGAUCUGUUGAAGAUUUUUGAUGAUCCAAAUAAAGUGAGAACUCUGAUAAAUCGUCCUGCUCUUGGAGUGUUUCCGGGCGCAGAAUGGCCAAAGCUGUUAAAAAAUGUUUUAAUGAGUGUGGCGCCUCCUGGAUUAACUCAUAUUACUACUAUGAUGUGUGGAUCAUGUUCUAACGAAAAUGCCUACAAAAAUAUGUUUAUCCGAUACAGACAAAAAGAACGCGGUGAAAAUGUUACUUUCACUCAAGAAGAGAUGGAAUCCUGCAUGAUUAAUAACCCACCAGGAGCGCCAAAGCUUAGCAUCCUUUCUUUUAAGGGUGCUUUUCACGGACGGACAAUCGGUGUUUUGGCGACUACUCAUUCGAAAUAUAUUCACAAAAUGGACGUACCAUCAUUUGAUUGGCCAAUAGCUUCAUUUCCUGUCUAUAAGUAUCCGCUGGAAGAAAACCAACGCGAGAAUGCCGAAGAAGAUAAACGAUGUCUGGCCGAAGUAGAGGAUUUAAUGGUGAAAUAUAAGAAAAAGGAUAUUCCUGUAGCCGGUAUUGUGGUAGAACCUAUUCAAUCAGAAGGUGGAGACAAUGAAGCUUCACCAGAAUUCUUUAGGGGACUUCAAGCGAUUGCCAAAAAGUACGGAGCAUCAUAUUUAAUAGAUGAAGUACAAACUGGUGGUGGUCCAACGGGAAAAAUGUGGUGUCACGAACAUUUCAAUCUAGAGUCGCCACCAGAUAUUGUAACCUUUAGCAAGAAGAUGCAAAUUGGCGGAUACUAUCACACAGAAGAAAUGAAACCUAAGCUAGCUUACCGAGUUUUUAAUACUUGGAUGGGAGACCCCGGCAAGGUCCUACUAUUGGAAGGUAUUCUGGAUGUCAUCAAACGUAAUCAACUUUUGAAUGUAGUCGAGAAGACUGGCAAUAAAUUGAAAGAAGGAUUGUUGCAAUUUCAAAAUGAAUUUCCUGAAUUGAUUCAUUCUGUCAGAGGCAGAGGAACCUUUUUGGCAAUGAGUUGUCCAAAGCCGAAAAUAAGAGAUGACUUAGUGAACCGCUUAAAAGUAAAAGGUGUUCAAGCAGGUGGUUGCGGAGAAUAUUCUAUAAGACUCAGGCCCGCAUUAGUCUUCCAAGAACAUCACGCCGAUAUAUUCCUUGAUAUAUUCCGCAAAGCAUUGCAAGAAAGCAAAUAAUAUAAAAAUAAAAAUCCAUGACAAUAAUGCUUCAGAUGCUAAACACAAUAAUAUUUUAUAUUUUUUGAUCUGGGUAAUUACAUACGAUCGAUUGAAUGGGCGACUAAUUUUAUUGUAUUAAGUUUUGAUUUUUAGAGAUAAUAGAUUCCUAAAAGCAUUUAAAUUCUUAUAAUUUAAAAAAAGG